CAGCAAAUCUCUGGGUGUGAUGCGCUUGCGUGAGGUGCUGGGUUGUUGCCAGCGCGAGCAGCUUGUAGUCCAGUCGAGCGUCAUCAAUGUGCACGAGAGUCGGGCAAACCGCCUGACAGGUAAACACCAUGGGCGACGUGUGCUGAGAUUACUGUGAAGGCAAAACAUCAAGAGCAUGGAGAUUGAUAAAAGAACCAAUGGCUACAAGUACGAAGAAAGAAAUGGCAUAAAACCCAUUGGCAGUACAGAUGUACAGCAUUUGGAAUCCUCAUCAGUGCUUCAGAUGAACUCGGUGAACAAUGAUCGCACUGAUCAGCGAACCUGCCUUAUCUGUGGAGACAGAGCUACGGGUCUGCACUAUGGUAUUAUUUCAUGUGAGGGUUGCAAAGGCUUUUUCAAACGUAGUAUCUGCAACAAGCGGGUUUACAGAUGCAGUCGAGACAAGAACUGUGUCAUGUCACGCAAGCAAAGAAACAGAUGUCAGUAUUGCCGGCUCCUCAAGUGUCUCCAAAUGGGCAUGAACCGUAAAGCAAUCAGGGAGGAUGGAAUGCCAGGAGGUAGAAACAAAAGUAUUGGUCCUGUUCAGAUAUCUGAAGAGGAAAUUGAAAGAAUUAUGUCUGGACAAGAAUUUGAGGAGGAAGCUAAUAAUUCCUGGAGCAACAAUGGAGAUAGUGAUCAUAGCUCCCCUGGCAAUGGUAUUUCUGAGGGCAACCAACCAUCACCUGUUUCUACUCCUUCCUCAAGCAGAUCAAUGGAAUUGAAUGGAUACACUGCACUCAGGGAUCAGUUCAUAGGGACACCAGUCACUGCGCACUAUCAGUACCUGCCGCACCUUUUUAGCUAUGCUGCUCAUUCAGGCCUGUUGCCACCACAACCUCGCAACCUAGACCCUCAGUCACAUACACUUGUAAGCCAGUUGGUUGGAGCCGAAGAUCUUGAACCUCUUGGAACACCAAUGUUGAUUGAAGAUGGGUACAAGGUAACUCAGGCUGAGCUUUUUGCAUUACUUUGCCGGCUGGCAGAUGAGUUACUUUUCAGGCAAAUUGGCUGGAUCAAAAAAUUACCAUUCUUCUGUGAAUUAUCAAUCAAAGACUACACCUGCCUGCUAAGCUCCACCUGGCAAGAGCUCAUCCUCCUAUCUUCCCUCACUGUCUACGAUCGACAGAUUUUUGGAGAUCUUGCUGAUGUGACUUCAAAAUAUGCACCAUCUGAUGAUGAACUCCAAAGAUUCAGUGAGGAGGGAAUGGAAGUCAUGGAACGACUAAUCUACCUCUUUAGAAAGUUUCAACAGCUGAAGGUCAGCAAUGAGGAGUAUGUGUGCAUGAAAGCCAUCAACUUUCUUAAUCAAGAUAUUGGGGGUCUGACCAAUGUGUCUCAAUUGGAGCAGUUGAACAAGCGUUACUGGUAUGUGUGCCAGGAUUACACUGAAUUCAAGUAUCCACACCAGACCAAUCGUUUCCCUGAACUUAUGAUGUGCCUGCCAGAGAUACGCUAUAUUGCAGGUAAACUGGUCAAUAUCCCUUUGGAACAACUGCCUUUGCUUUUCAAAGCAGUCCUGCACUCAUGCAAAGCCAGUGCAAGUAAAGAAUGAGCCAUCACCUAGUGGCUCUUGAAUUUGCCAUGCCUUAUUUUGGUGCCUCAGGUGGAGAAGAAUUUGGAGGGGAAAAGUCAGCCAAGACUCGAAGAGCAGGGAAUAUCCUCAGAUUGAGUGAAACCCUGUGAUUCUGACAGCAGCUAUAUUUUACUUUAUCUAUUUAUUUCACGACAGAGUUGAAUGUAUGAUCUUCAACACAGUGCACAUGCUUCUGUACAAUGCAGUUAAUGCAUUUUCCUUGCAGUUUACGGUGUGUAGGGUGUUAAUGUUACAGUAUUGCCAUUUUAGGUCUAGUUGAAUUUUUUUUAUAUUUUUGGGUGAGGGGCUGAGCAAAAUGUUUUAUUAAGACUACCUCAAUAAUGAGAUGACAUAGAUACAUGUCUCUCUUUUCAUUUUCAAAUGCCUUAAGGCUGUCACUAAAGUGGUCCAUUUUGGCAAGCUGCUGCCUUGUUGCAACAAAUCGGUACUAAUUGUAAGCAUAUCGAUUGCAAAUUUUAGUUGCUUCUUCAUUUCCAGUCUUUGCAAGAAGUUUUAUUUUUAACACUUUCUAUUUUUUUGUGGAUGUCGUUUUUUUUAAAAACACAAACUCAGUGGGGAUCCUACAGAAGGAUUUAAAUGUGGAUGGUGCAAUAAAACACAUCCAGGUGCUCUAAUCAUGCUACUUUCAAACUCAUAUUCCUACUGAUGAGACUGUCACAGUUGACUCCUAAUUGGAAGAUGUAAUAGAUUUUCUUUAUAUAGCCUUUUUUUUUCAAACUAACAUUACAUUCGGAAAUGACGUAGAUGAUUUAAAGAAGCAAUACCAUCUUGGAUAUUCUUUAUUGUAAACCAAAAAUGUCCUGUUAAAUAGUACUAGAAUAUUAAUGAUGUCAUUAAGUUUUUUUUACACUGCUUCUCAGCAGAUCAUUACUACAGCAACAACAGGAUGUAUAACUGUAUAUUUCUAAGAGCCAAAGAUUUUGAAAAUUCAAAAUGAUAAAUAUUUCCCAUUCACUGUACAUUUGCAUUUUUAAAAUGUUAACCAGUACUAUAGCAUAUGUAAAUCCUUGACUAAGAAUAACUGUUAAGGACUUAAAUGGGAGUUUUAAACUUUUAUUCUUGAAUGCACCAUUUAAAAGAAAAAGUGAUUUGACUUUGAAGGCUUUAUUUCAAGUUUUAGAAUGUUAAAUACAAGGCAGCAUUGCUUUCCAAGGCGCAUGCACCUAUUUAUCUUCCCCGUCAACACAACUCCUUUGCGGGGGCUGCUGUCUUUAAAUAACCUACCUCUGCUAAAACAAGUAAAGUUGUGUUUUAAAUAUAAAAGUUCUGUGAUCAGGUAGUGCACUCACCAGUUUUACAAUUAAAUAACACCAACUGUGGGUUAUUCUGGAUCUCGAUGCAAUGACAUUAUCUUCAUGAAAAAUUGUGUGGCAAACUUUUAUUCAUUCGGAAACAAAAUGGUGCUGUUAAUUACAUUGCACAGUAUCAUUUGGUCACCAAUGUGUGCUAUCUCACCUUGUUUCUUAAAAAUUGAAAAGGUUGCUAAAUGUUUUGUCACAAAGACAGUGUCCUUGUGAUUUAUGUAACUUCUGCUAAAUCGUUAGAUUUAUGGAAACCGAUUCAUGCUGUCCAAUGAUUUUAACCCACUUUGAAAUCCAAAGCUGCAUAUUGGCUUGGAACUUGUGGUAUUGACAGCAAGACUACUCACGUUUGCUAUUAUUAUUCCAUUAUUACUGGCAGCAAAUUCUGAAAUGUAGAAUGUCAUGGAAAUCCAGAAGUUGCUAACGGUGAUUCCACUCUGAGGGUACGCUAUUGAUGCUCCCUCCAUCUGAAUUUAAUAGAAAUCCAUUAAAUUGAGAACCUUCACAAUCUCACCAUUUAGUUCUGCUGCUUAAAAUACCCUUAAAAUGUGUACCUUGUUAAAUGAGGUGUUGUUUUUAAAAUGAGACCAUCCUUAAAAUAAUAUUUAACUCAUUCACUGACCCUGAAAACUAAUUGUACCAUAUCAAAAUUUCCAUACUUUAAAAAUCUUCUAAAACUUCUUUAUCUUUGUUUUAGCUUCUAACUUAAUCCAAUCAUAAAUAUUUAUUUCACUACCUGAAAACUUAAACCAUUUGAUAUUCAGCAUUUUAAAUUUAACUUCCUCGUUUUGUGUGUGUGAAUACUUCAGUGUGAUUAGCUGCUAACUUGCUUGCUGACAUUACUGUUGUUGAACACAAAGAUAUUCCCCUGGUUUAUCACCAGAUUUAGGAAGGAGAAAACGAUGACUGAAAGAUAGCUAGAUCUUUGUGGGCAUCAUUCCUAACGGUUAGAGACAAGUGCCUUUGCUUUGCUAACCACAAAAUGAGUAGUUGUCUCUUGCCCGCAAAUAAUCAAAAUGUAACCAUUUGUACAAGCCAAACACAUUCUGAAUUCAGUCUAUGUUGGUGAAUCAGCUGAAAGAGUGGUUUGGUUCAAUAUCAUCCCAUUAAGCUAGAUAUUUAGACCAUUACAGAAACACGCAUUUGAGUUCACCAAUUCAUCAUUUUUUUCUCAAACUCUCUACUUCAGCAAUUGGGUAGUUUAGACUAUACUGAGUUUUGAUACAGCAACACUACUGCAAGCUUACACCCAUUAGUUCUUAUUAACUCCCUUACAUGUAACUCACCUAAUUUCAUUAGUAUGACACUCUGAGCUGGCACAUUUUUGCAGUUAAUCCCAUUCUCUAUUCACAUAUCUUGUGAAGGAUUCCCUGUGAAGUUACAUGAUUGUUCCCUAUAUUCUCACAAAGUAACCAAGUAUUUCCUGAAAUUUUGCUGCCCAUUCACCAAAAUAAUGACAUUUUGGGAAAUAGAUGUGAUUUCAAAAUUACUGUUAGUGUUAAUUCAAAUUAAACAAAAUUGCUUAAUGCAUUUUAUAUACAUGCAGUGGAUGGGGAUUUGUAAGUGUUGGUUAAGUUUAGUGUGCAGUGAACUGUUUAAAAUAGCUAGAGAGCUUGUUACUGAAAUUAACACCAGCCCCCGCUAUGCCCACAACCUUGACCUACUAUAUAGUCAUAUGAAAUUGAUUCAGUAUGACCAUCUUACCACAAUGUUCACAGGGAAGAUUUGUAGGUGCCUUUUGUACCUCUAAAUUGUUUUACUACUUUUGUUUUUUUCCAUUAACUAUAUCAUAAACAAGAAAACCUUUUUAUGUGAGGUCUUCUUUUAGCUCCCUGUCCUUUAUGAUCUUAUUAAUUCAAUCAUUCCUGCAAUCAGAUUCCAGAUAUGCUCAUUUUAAGGCAAGAGAUUAAUUGGUUGAUUAAUGGUUCUUUGUUUCAAAUUUCUGGACUAGUUUCUGAUGAAGAAUAUUUAAGAUUGUGUAAAGUAUUGACUUGUUUUGCAAAAUUUCCUACCUGUGUAAUCAGUCUGCAAAAGAAUUGUCAAAAAAUGUUCAUAAGUUGAUAUGGAGAUGACCAAAAAAAACUACAAUUAUUUUACAAUAGUUAUAAUUUUGUUUGAUAUAAUGUGCUCAAAAUAAGCAUACCUGAACUCUUAUACGCAGGUAUCUUCAUCUUAUUCGCAACCAAGUCUUUUAAGACUUGUUUUAAAACAGGGUAAAGUGAAUGUGUCGUUUGCAUACGAAAAUUACUCAGGUAUUAUGAUGAAAUUAGAUGAACUAGUUUUAGAAGUAGAAAUUUUGAACCACUAAGUAUCUUUCUCUUUAACAUUGCAAUUGAGGGGAAUAAUUGAAGGCUGGAUUUUUUUUUCAGGGAAUUGAUGGUCUAAAUUACAUUAUUAUACAGAUUUAAAAACCUAUUCACAUUUUUGCUAUUCACAUGUUUAAAAAAAUGCAGGAUGAACAUUGAAACUGUGAUAACAAUCUCCAAGCAAUGUGGGAAACAUUUGCCAAGUAAGAGAUCAGGUAGUUGUUUUCCGGUACUUCUCAGCAGAGCACUGGCUUUUUUUAAACCCAGAGUAGAAUGGCACAUCAAUUUUGUUAGAUUGUGAUUCCCACCUGUAAAAAGGAAAUACUUGUAUGUUCAUUAGUACCAUGGAGCAGUUGCAAUUGCAGAUAAUGGGGGAUUUCAUCUGUAUUGAUGCACAGCCUGCUAUCAUAACUUCUUGUCCCAUUUAAGUGUACAGCCAAGUUAGCUGGCUGUGUUAAUAUAGGCCAAAUCGUAGGCCCAAACUAGAAAGACUGCCAACUCCUGUAAAGAACAGCAUUGGCACUAAAAACAAAGAAAAGUCUAUGAGCUACUUAAUUUGGAGAAUCUAUUUCAUAUGGGGCACAUAAUAUUUACAGACACAAUAAAAACAAAUUUGUUGUUAGCCAUAUUGGCGAAUUUUGAGCUUUUGCUUUUCAACCAGAAUAUAAUAAAUUUGGGAACCACUGAAAAGUAAACAUUUGAUUUUACCAAUUUUAAACACUUUUAAAAUUGAUAAUUAUUGUAAUAGGUGUUGCAUCUGAAGUAGAAGAGGAAAAGUCUGCAAUAUCUGACUAACCAGAAUGUGAUGUAGUAAUGAUCACUGCUGAUCAUAGAGCUGUUGUUUGCCAAAUUGUUCCACCUUCCCAGAUAAGUGUGUUAUGAAAGUCAUUUAUGGCAGAGAUUGGUGCAUUGAUUUAUGCAUUAAUACAAAUAUGUAACUGUUUUACAAAGAAACAUCACUAUUAGUUGCGACCAUUCUCAAAACUCUACUUGGUAAAUGUUAAAACACAAAACAAUAAAAAAAUUAACAACUAGCAAAAAUGAAGGAACAAAUGCAUUACAGAUAUGUAUGGAACUAAACUUUUGCUUAUAUUUUGGAAUGUACAUGCAGAGGCAUUACAGUCAGUUGUCAGUUCUGUAUAUUAACCAACCUCCUUCAAAUAUAGCAUUAAUCCAGACCUUCAAAGCAGAAUCCCUCUUUAAACUUGAAUUUCAUUUCUACCUUUUUGUUUUAAUUAUCUUUUACAAGUUUUUUGUGAAUGUGGGUGAAAGUAAACCACAAAUUAAUUAUUUACUUUUUGUAAUUGAGUUAAAUUUUCAAGUUAGAUGUUUGUGAAAAUGUAUCUCUUUCUCAGGAUGAUAAGCGGCAAUCAGUCCUGCUAUGUAUCCGAGAGCAGGAAAGGGGGGGGGAAUAAAGAUGGUGUAUAGUGAAACUAAAGAAACAAGUAGUGUUUAUAGAAAGUGUUUGAUCCUAAGUGACAACUACAUUAUAUGGCAACAUAAAGUCUGCAUUUUUCCAAGGGUCAUCGCUGCCUUGCACGCAAUGCAGUUUAUAGCUCAGGGAUCUAUAUUUAAAUUUGUGGCCCACUGGAAAAACUAACUUUAUGCUGAAAGCUUUUUUUUGUGGACAAAUUUAGGGCUAAGAAGUCAAAUGCAAGUUAUUUUUAAAAGAAUAUCAGCAACAUUCGUUUGGUUUGAGCCUGAAUGUUAUUUCUUAUCAUUCUUGGCAACACAGAUCUUAUAUAAAUAACAUUCAACCUUGGCUGCGAAUCGUAAAUGCAUAUUUAUGACUAUAAUUUUUCAAACGUUUGGUUCAGAUUAAAUAGUCAUUUGCUAUACCACUCCAUACGAUGUUUUGCAUUAUGACACCAAAGAUUUGCCAUUUCCACGUUGCUCUUAUUUUGUCAAAAUAUUCCUUCAACAUCAUCAUGUUAUAAACUGAAACUAUCAAGUUCUAGAUUAAUUUAACGUUUAACUUCCUCUUGUUUAUGCCAGAAAAUUAUUUAGAGUAUCCUAGGUAAUAUGUAUGAUUAGGUACACUUUAUUUUUGCACAACAACUAAGUUGAUGGUUUUGUCACUGUUGAGACAUGGCAAAUCUUAAGUGACUGUUUAAUGUGAUGCAACAGCUAACAACUUUUAAGUGUUAUUUUUAAAGGGACCAUUGCUGCAGAAGCUCUUUCUUCAUCCAUUCUUGGCAUAUGUGCAUGCUAAACAGGCCAGCAUUUCUCAUCCAACCCUAGUUGUGCUUGAGAAAGUGGCAGUAGGUCUCCUUGAAUCAUUGCUGUCCAUCUGAUGAAAUAUUGUCAUAGUGCUAUCAAGUCUGUAAUUAUAUAUCCAAUGUAUUUGUCAAAACAUAAAUUUUGAAAAUUUUGCAAAAUUGUAUUAACCUCAAAUGCACGUGUAGGUACUGUCAAAUACUGAACAAAAGAGCAUGAGUCUGGAAUAGCAAUUGGCCUAAUCAGCUAGACCUGUACCAGAGAUCUGUCUCAAUGUCCUGUUUUUUAUUAUUCUUACAAAAUGAAAGAAUACCACUGUAUUCCGCUACAUGUUUAAAACAGUUCUCUGGUACUAGAGUUCUUGAUAACAUGCACAUUACUUUUUACAUGCUUAAUAUCAAUCUAAUCGUAUGUUGUAUUUUGACUUCUAUCUUAAAUCUUUGAUAAUACUAGCUAACUGAUAGAAUAUGAACAAAAUGUAAAUAUUCUAAAAUUGAAAAUGGCUUAACAUGAAAAGAAUUAAAAAUUAUUGUGCUACUUAGCAAAACAUUUUUUUGGCACCCAAAAACAUAAUACAUAACAUUUAACAACAGACUGAACAAAUGGAUUGUGAUAGAACGCAACACAAGUGUCUUGAUGUUUUAUUGUUUAUAAAUAUUUCUAACACUUACGUAGAAGAAUGUUCUGAUAUCCCAAAUAUGUCCAUGAGAAAAGCACAAUGUGUCUGGAAAGCGCCAGUCAAUGGCGCAAGGUACCAGAUUAUCUGAGUAUCAGCUUCAUAUUGCUUAUUGUGAAUUGUGUUUUCAUUGAAUUGUGGAAUGUGUCUUAUAAUAGUUGAUGCAUAAUUUACACAAGUGACAGUAUGGAAAAACUACCUCGUGACAUCCUGUUUAAUGUCAUCAAGGGAUAAUGUAGAUUAUUUUUUGCUGUUCACAUUGACAUUUUAAUUAAGCACUCUGGUGUUCGAAUAUAAAAAUCGACAUUUUAACAAUUCUGCAUAGCUAGUGAUUAUUAUGUUUUAAACCUACAUAAUUCUGGUGAAGCUUCAUUAUUUCCAUGUGUUGUCUGAAGCUCACUAACUCAGUUUACUCUAAGUGCUGUCUUAACCCUGACUGUGAAAAGGAGCUAUUGUUGUAUGCUUAGUGCAUCCUCAUUUAUUGCCGGACCAGUCAGGUAUCUUGUAAGCCAAGAUCAACUUAUAAAUGAAAAGAAUAAGGUCAGAUGUGUCAAUUUACAAAAUUGUGGGCUGUGAAAAACACUUUCAUUCAUUUGGAUUAGUGUGUAAAAAGAUUAUUUACACAAUAGGGCUUUCUGAGGAAUGUAACAGCAACAAUAGAAUUAUUACAUGUGCACCAAUAACUGCUGUUGCCAAAAUAAAAUCUGCGAAGAAUAAUGAACUCACCUACAUCACAGGGUGAAUCCUCUGCCAGAUUUGAAAGCUCAGUUGUUAUAAUUUUCCAAAUGUGGUGGCUGGUAGGCAUGUUAAGGGUCACUGAUUAAAUGGCAGUUUAAAUGAGCUGCAUUUGGCACCAUUGGUUUUAAUUAUAAUGUCAUUAACCCGAUUUAUACAAAUUCUGUCACCUAAUCUCAAUGUUGUCCUCUUCAUUGAUAAUUAGUUUCAGUUUGUGACGUUAACCAUUUUUGACUUUUGCUGAUGCCACAGAUCAUAUUUACCUGUUGUGUGUAGAUCACAUUUUCUUUGGGUCUCUGAAUAUUGCUGCUUCAUUAUUCAAUUUUUAAACAGGCAUUAAAGUGCUAAUUUAGCUGUAGUAAUUUAAGGAAAUCAUGCAGCAUCCUGCAGCUGCACGCAAAAGUGUAAUUCUCAGACCCAACAUUUAAGAGCUACAUAAAUAGGAAUGUGAAACUAAAUCGGCACAUAAGCAAAAUGAUAAACAGCAAUAAAUUUGACAGUGUUUAAAGAUGCUCAUUAUGGCCCAUUAUGUUCUGCAACAUAUGCAAUUCGGGGGUAACACAAACAAAGCAUUGUUGGCCAGCUGGUUCAGUGCAAUCAUAAAUCUUCACAUCCUAACCCUUCUGCACCAGUUCUUCAUGAUUUACCCUCUGUUUCACCUUUGAGUCGUGUCUUGACUCUUAAACACUCUUGUGCUGGUGUCAUGUUCAGACAGGCUGGUGAUACUUAGUGCUUUGCUGAAUAGUGCUCAUCUGAUUCAGCCUCGAUGACUAGACCCCCUUGUUCUAUGAAGAACAUAAAAAAGUGUACAGACUGAAAAACUGUACAGUAUUUUCACAAUAUUAUGUCAUGAGUUCUGCCGUGUCUUGCCAUCUGAAAAGACACUACAUCUUCCAAACUUACAACUUCAACUUAACCAUUCUUUUGUCAUGAGGCUUCAUCAGUCUGUGGUGCAGCCUUUACACAAAAAAGUAGAUAUCUGUAUAUUUCUUGCAGAAACUGUUUCAUUUGUUACAUGCUAGUGUUCAAAGAAUCUGACGGCACAGGAGGAAAUCAUUUGACCAUAAUGCCUGAUAUAAAAAAAAGUGUGGAGCUAGAUGAACACAGCAGGCCAAGCAGCAUGUUAGGAGCACUCUGAUGAAAGGUCUAGGCCCAAAACGUCAGCUUUUGUGCUCCUGAGAUGCUGCUUGGCCUGCUGUGUUCUUCCAGCUCCUCACUUUGUUAUCUUGGAUUCUCCAGCAUCUGCAGUUCCCAUUAUCUCUGACCAUAAUGCCUUUUAAGUUAAUAAAUUUAGUCCCAAGCUCCUUAGCCUUGGCAAGAAGUCAUGCAGUCAGUUUUUUAAAUCUACUAUUAAAUUGGAUUUCCCCACCUUCCUGGUAAAGCUAACUUUUGUAAUUUGGUAUAAGUCUACUUCAAACAAAAUUUGAAGUUUUUGUUUAAUGACAAAGCAUGUGACAUUUAAUUAUUAACUAUUAAUUAGCUACUCAGAAUCAAAAGGAUCAUUUAAAUUUCUUUUAAAUACUCAGCAGAUAAAUCACAUUGAUAGAUGUCACAACUCUAAACUUCCAUCCCUUUAGUGCCAUUGAUGUGUUUGUGUAUUCAGAAUAUCAUUUUUCCAAUUUUUCUUCAGUGUGACAAAAAUGACUAGGCAUCAGGAAAUACUGUAAUUUCAAGUAAUGCCCUUGAAGCCAUAAAAAACAUAACUAGGUUCCAGUGCAUGUUUUGAUUAUUCCUUGUGAUUGGUUUCUGUUUUGUAACAUGUACUCAUGAGUAGCCAUUUCCCAUUGUAGUUUUAAAACUUGCUCCACAAAAUGACGUCACUUGAACUGUUAAAAUGCAAUGCAUUAAAGAACAUAGGAUCUAUGAAGUAAGGAUAAAAACAGUGGCAAGAAUGUUGCUGAUUAUCUGCUGCUCUGAGCUUGGAGAAAUACUAAGUCUUUAAAUUUUAAUUUAUUUUAAACAUCUGGUUGCAUUGUUCCUUGGUGUAAAUUGCAGCAGAUAGUACUGCUGGCUCCCACUUGCAAUAAUAUAACCAAUGUGCUGCCUUUUCUUUGUCAGAAAUAGUUAAACAUGUAAACUGAAGCUGAUUGCAAUUACUACAAUGUUUUUUGAACAGCCAAAAAUAUGGUCAGUUUAUACAGUUCAAAAGAGUUCUAGCUUUUCCCAAGAUCCCUUGAAUAUGUUAGGGAGACAUGAUGUCACUUCAGUUUAACCUUUGAUAGUGAAUGUUCUCGUUCGCCUAUGAAAGGAUCACUGCUUAUUCACAUCCAGAGUACAGGGCAACAGAAUCAACCUACAGGCCUUUUAUUGUUUUCAAAAGAGUGUACAACAUUUUCUCCCAUAUAUUAGAAAUUGUGAAAUGUCAUUAUGGCUUUUUUAUGGAUUUCUGUUUGCUCCACUCUAUAACUUGACUACCUUUUUGAGAAAUAUGUGACCAAUAAGUGUUAAAGCAUGUUUAGAAUGUUAGAAAUUUGAAAAAUA